GCAGAUCAGGUGUAGAAGAACUAACACAUUCAUUACUUUAUUCAUCGCUCCUUGGACCUAGCUCUUCAAAAAUGGCUUCAAACGGAAUGUUAUUCUGCAUCUUCGCUCUCAUUGCAGCACUUUGCGUGGUGACAGAGGCUGGAAGGCCAGGCAGGAUCAGGAACGCGCGGCACGUUGUAGGAGCACCACAGAAACAAACCAUGUUUGACAUUCCCUUCGAUCAAACCAUGAAUUCGGUGCCGUUCGCUGGUAGUGCUGGGUCCGUCGGGGCGUCCAGCGUCUUCGUCAUGGAUUCCGGGUCUUCCGAAGAGUCCGACCUCGAUAUGGACGUCGACAUGGCUGAUAUGGACACCGACGCCAAUGAAGUCGACGCCGGCGACGCACCCGUCAUGGUCGGCGGUAACCAGGUGAACGGAAACCUUCUGCCCUUCCUCAGCAAUGACCGCGGAGAUGCAGUUGAAGCCGGAAAUGCCGACCAACUGUUGAGCAGGACGUCUGGAUCGUCGGCCCGUGGUGUCGGCAUCGCCUUCGCAGUCUUGGGUCUUCUCACCGUCAUCGUAGCCGCUGCAGCGAUCACCCUCAGGAAAUACCGACAUAGCAUCCCGGUUAUUGUGCGUGUUUGAUCUCUGAGCUCGGUUGAAAGGAUAACGAAUCUCAUAACAAUGACCACAUUCUUCGUCAAUCAAACCCUUAUCUAUUCUGCCGGUUAUUCUUCGAAUAAAUUCAUGAUGCUAUUAAUAUAGAUUAUUGAGGUUCAUGAACUUCGAAAAACAACUUCUGCUUACUAGUUAUAGGUGAUAUUAUGUGUAUAUUGUGUUAUUACAUUCUGCUGCGUGACUUAUCAAAUACGGAAUAGGCCUAUUAUUAAUAAAUGUUACAAAAUAGUUUUAUAAAUUACUCAAACUAUAAUAUAUAUUUUUGUAUUGUCAUUUUAUUGAAAAUUAAGUGCAAUAAAAUUGAUACAAAA